AUUUAAGUAAGUUGUAGUAAUAGUCACAAGUGCAAUUUAUUUUAAUUAAACUUAAUAUAUUAUAUAUUAUAAAGAAAAAAAUAGGAUAAACAAUGUGGUCCUAUCAAGUGUGUGCCAUUAUUUGUCUUAUUUUUGGUAUAUACGCGUUUAUAACAAAUAUGUUCUCAGAGGGAUUAUUCAGCAUUAAAAAUAUUAUACUUAAGAAUUUACCACUCGUUAAAGAUAAAGACACGUACAACGCGUGGAUAUCACCUGUAUCUUUAAUCUUUAAAUGUUAUUUCUUUAAUGUUACGAAUCCUGAUGAAGUGAUGCAAGGAGCUAAUCCAAAUCUGGUUGAAUAUGGUCCAUUUACUUACAGAGAAGUAUACGAAAAACAAAUAGUAGAUGUGGAUGAAGAAUUUGAUGAAAUUAUCUAUGAUAUAAAAUCAACAUUCACUUUUGACAAAUAUGCAAGUGUGAAUAUAUCUAAACGUGAUACAGUUACUAUAUUAAAUCCUGCAUACAUUGGAACUAUAUCGAUGUUAACCACUUUACCUCCAAAUUAUAUGGAUAAAUUUGGUAAUAAUAUACCGAAAUUAUUUCCAAAUCGAAACAGUAUUUUUUUAAAAGCUAAUCCUAAAGAAAUACUUUUUGACGGAGUUAAACUUACGUGUAAUGAAAAAAAAUUCCCUGAAUUGAGUACGAUAUGCAAAACACUGAAGGCACUUCGAUCACCUGUCUUAAAAGAAGGCGAAAAGGACGGCGUUUAUUAUCUUAGUAUUUUUCAAAGAGUUAAUGGUACUAUUCGAGGACGAUUUUCUGUUAAUAGAGGUAUUAAUAAUAUAAGUGAAUUAGGUAAUAUAGCAUCUUAUAAUGGAAAAAAAGUGCAAACAAUAUGGAAAACUGAAAAAUGUAAUAUAGUAAGAGGAUCUGACACAAUUACUUGGCCACCAUUAAUAAAUCCAAUGCCUUCGGUUUUAACUUUUAUACCAGAUUUAUGCAGGAGUGUGGAAGUGGAUUAUGAUAAAAAAGUUUCGAUAUACGGUUUAACCGGAUUCCGAUUCGCCAUGAAAGAAAGAACCUGGUUCCUGAACACAUCGCAGUGUUAUUGUUUAGAAAAAAACAAAGUACCAAAUUGUUUGCCGCAGGGUUUAAUCGAUGUCUCGAAUUGUCUGGUAAUGCUACGUUACGAAAAUGAAGAGAUAUCUCUUGUAUACGUUCUAAAAUUUAAUAUGUUGCAGAAAGUACCGAUAAUCAUAUCAGAACCUCAUUUUUUACAUGGUGAUCCGCAACUCUUGAUGUAUGCACAUGGCUUAAAUCCGGAUAAAGAUUUACACGAGACAUUUGUCGUUAUAGAACCAUACACCGGGACACCUCUUUCUGGACAAAAGAAAAUACAAUUAAAUUUGAAAUUGGAAAGACAACCAGUCAAUUUGCUUUCAAAUAUCAGCGAGGGAUAUUUUCCUCUUUUGUGGUGCUCGAACGUAAGAAUCUUUUCGAAAAUUAUCAUAUUUCAACAUUAACAUAAGAUAUGAUACGAGAAGGAUAUUUAAUGGUUAAUGACGAUC